AUGCCUCCUGCCCAUGUUGACUUUGAAUGUCCCGACUGUGGAUUUCCCGUCUAUUGCAGCAAAGAGCACUGGAUGGACCACUACGAGGAGCAUCUGAGGAUCUGUGACACUUUGCGGCAGAUCAACGAGGACGAUCACGAUUUACGUUCUGGCCGUGUAUUCUUUGAGGGCAACCUUCCAGACCUACAGAUGGACGAGGCUGCGGUGAAUAUGACGAAUUGGGAUACAUUUAUGUACACCAGGGAGUUUGAUGCUGUCAACUCAGACCGCUCCAUGAGGCAAAUCACGCGUCUCCUCACGUAUCCUGUCACCAUUGGCAGUGUUUUACAUGAAUUGAGUCCCUACAGCCUAAGAAAGGGCGGGCGACUGACACCGGAAGGCUUGAAGAGCUUUAGUGCAUUGAGAUAUAACCUACACCCUCCAAGAACCGGCCGAGGUGCAGGAGUCAACCAGCUUCGCCCCGAGCCGCCACCCGUCAGGGUAUUCAUACUUGGCGCGCGAGCUGAAUCAUCGCUGCCUCGGGCAACUUGGACGCAAUUGGCUCACCUUUUCCCCGAUUCGAGACUUCAUCUGGUCUUCAUUGGACCAGAAAGCAUGGCCAAUCGAGACGAUGAAUUCCCCCUACCGGAACGGACGCCUUCGAACCCCUUUGGUGCCAUUGUUGAGGAUCGUGUGUGGUACAAGUUGAAAAUAAGUACGAUUGUCGACUACUACCACACAAUUCACAGGACUGGCCAUUUUGCACCCUAUGAUGCCUAUUUCGACUGCUUUGUUCUAUUCCACCCUGGCCUCGGCCAUCCGGCAAGCAGCCAUGAAUGGGAAGAGACACUGCCGCUUCUUUUGGAGACCAAAGUGCCGAUCAUUGCGACUGGGUACACACAGUUCGACCUGGAACGCGAUGUCGAGUGGGUGCAUAAAAAGUCGAAAGGAGAGUUUGAUAUUCUGCUUGAGCCAGGCGAGAAUAUCUUCCGGAGCUUGAGAUGGGAUCUGAACGACAUGGACCCGCAGGAUAUUAGUUGCGGCAAUUGGGGAGUAUGGGCUUUCCGAGGCAAGAGAUAUGAGGCAACCAAAAAGGAUGUGUGA